UUCAUAUCUAAGACCAUAGGUCUCUACAACCCAGUCGGCACCUCGAGGUACAGAGGAGAUGCCUGUUUCUGUGGGAAGACCUGCCCUGCUGUGGAUAGCAUUACUGCUCUUCUCUCCAGCUGGCGUGCUAGCAGUCAUCUGGAAGUCUAUCAUUUCCCUGAAUCCCCCAUGGAAUAGAAUAUUUAUAGGAGAGAAUGUGAAGCUUACAUGUAAUGUGGACAAGUCCCUUGAAGUCAACACCACUAAAUGGUUCCACAAUGGCACGAUUUUACCUGAGACGACUUCAAGUUUGAACAUCGUGAAUGCCAGCAUCCAGGACAGUGGGGAAUACCUCUGUCAGAACAAAAAACGGAACCUGAGCAAACCUGUGUACCUGGAAGUCUUCAGUGACUGGCUACUUCUUCAGGUACCUACUGAGACGAUGACAGAGGGUAAGCCCUUCCUUAUCAGGUGCCACAGUUGGAAGAACUGGAAUACAUACAAAGUGAUCUACUACAAGGAUGGUGAAGCAAUCAAGUACUGGUAUGAGAACCACAACCUUUCAGUUCCCAAGGCCACCCUCAAAAACAGUGGCACCUAUCACUGCGAGGGCUUUAUUGAGAAAUUACGCCGUAUCUCUGAUCCCCUCAACAUUACUGUACAAGCUCAACAAAUUGACAACUUCUGGGUACAAUUUUUUAUCCCAUUGCUGGUGGGGAUGAUGUUUACUGUGGACACAGGAUUGUUUAUCGUCACCCAGCAGGAGUUCAAAUUGUUCUUGAAAAUUAAGAGGACCAGAAAAGGCAACAAGCUUCAGCAUCCAAAACCUAAGCCAGACCUCAAAGAGAAAUGAUGUCAUCACUCAAGAAACAUUUUCGCCAGCAUUUCUUUCCGGCACCAGCAAUUUCUUUCCGGUAUCAACCACUGUUUCUCCUCCCCUGAUCCUGGGGGUCUCAUUCCAGAACUCCUGCACGUACCUCAUUAUCUGGCUCUCAGGGCUGCUGUCCCACAUCUAUUCUUGUUCCUAAUUGAUAUUUGUAGUUUAAAGGAAGGGUUUCAUCCCAUUCCAGUUACUGUCGUAACAGGGAUAGGAGUAGAUGUGUGUAGAGAUAAUGAGAGGCAACCAGACAGGCAAACAAUAUGUGUAAAACCCAACUCUCACUCAAUCCUGAAUACUUUGACUGGAGAGGACCUGAAGGUCCUCUUACCAUCAGGUAUAGAAUCCUAUUUCCAUUCUUUUCCAUCCAAGAAUUCUUUCUGAUGACCCCUAAUUGGAUCAAAGGAGCGGCCAAACCAAAAGAAAAGAGAUUAUUUCCUCUCAAUGUGUUCCUUUGCUCACUAUUUUCUGGAAGUGGAGCUUCCACACCUGUAUCCCUAAUUCUAUCUCUGCUCCUUGCAAAAUCCUAAAAUCCAGAAAUGAGGCAUGCGAGGAGGGGAUUAUUGUCAAAUAUAGCUCACAACAUACAUAGAAACGUUUGUGAUCAAUGCUUCGCGAAACUGCUUCAUUAAACCAACUGCUUAAGUGGUAUGUAAUGUUAACUGCAUAAUGAACGUUGGUUGAAUAAAUGGAAGAAUGAAUAGAUUCAUGUAUUAGCAUCUGCAAAAGAAGAGUUCAAUUUGAAUAAAAUAAAUUUGGAACUG